GGCAGCAUUCCUGAGUGCCAGGCUAUGCCAUGAGAACAGAGUGCUCCGAGGGGUGGAGUCUGAGCAAGCAAGGCCAAGGGCUCAGUUGUUGGGCUCACAAGUACCUUGACUAUCGCCCACAGGUGAUGGAGGACGAGGAGAAGGCAGUGGAGAUCUUGAUGGGCAACACGGAAGCUGCUCAUCCUCCAUCCCCCAUCCGCUGCUGCUGGCUCCGCCUCCGCUGCUUGGCAGCUACUAGCAUUAUCUGUGGCUGCUCUUGCCUGGGAGUCAUGGCUCUGGUGUUUGCCAUCAAGGCAGAAGAGCGGCAUAAAGCAGGCCGGUCCGAGGAGGCAGUGCGCUGGGGGGCCCGGGCCCGGAAAUUCAUCCUGGCCAGCUUUGCUGUCUGGCUUGCUGUUCUCACUCUGGGUCCCCUGCUGCUGUGGUUGCUCUCCUACGCCAUCGCUCAGGCUGAGUGACCCUGGAUGGCCUCUGCUGAGAGCCAGCUGAGACCUCCUGGAUCCUGCAGUGCGGCAUUGCUAAGGUCCUGUGACAGCAGUGGUUGGAAGGAUCCUGGUUGGAAGGAUGGGGACUCUCAAGGGGCUUCGGAAGAGCUCUUCUAGCCCUUUAUAAAAGGAGGGCAGCAGCUGAGACUGAUGAGAGGAGGGCAGCCUGCUCUGUUCUUUCAGGGCCCCCCAUCCCUAUCUCCCCCACCCAAGCCCACCCUAGGCCUCUACCCAGCGGGAGGGGUUGAAGACCAGGCCUGGUUUUAUUAGAAUUCAUUUUGUAAUAAAAGCCUUUUUUAGUGGUGAAAUACUCCUGUCUAAUUGUUCUCCCCCUGCUUUACUUUGGGCCCUUGGUGAGAGCCAGCCUGAACAUCUGACUGAUAGCAGAAGCCAGAAUCCACCUCAUCCAGGAGCUUCAAGAGAAGGAAACAAUUUUUAUUUUCUUCUUCUGGAAGUUUUCCUUCUUGGAAAGACCCCAGCUUCUCCCUUGUACGUCCACAGAGACUCUGAGGCCAAGAGUAGUAGCAGCUGCUACUAUUUAUGACUUACUAUAUUCCAGGCUGUGUUCUAAGCACUUUAUAUUUCUUAACUUCCUCCAGUUUUCAGUCACUCAUUAGGUAUCUAUAGUAUCAUAUCCAUCAUAUGAAUAUGUCACAUAUGAUAGGUACCAACUAUCUGAGUGAAAACUGGAGGAAGUGUUCUAAAAUGACAGUGUUCUCAUUUUAUACUUGAGGAAAUAAGACAGAUUUGCACAAGGUCCUCAGCUACUAAAUGGUAGAGCUGAGACUGAACCCAAACAAUUUUGGUUCCAGAGCUGAGAGAGGAGUGAAAGAGUUGGGUAACAGCAACAACCAUCCUGUACAUGGAGAUUUGAAUGAUUAAAAUGGAUUUUCAUAUCUUUUAUCUUGGACCUCAUAAUAUUUUAAAUUUUUUUAAAAUUAUGAAGUAUAUCAUACAUAUAGGAAAAUACCCCAAACAAGUAUGUAUACAGUUCAUUAACACAAAGCAAACAUGAAUAACCACAUUCAGUAAAGAAACUGGAACAUUGUCAACACUUCAAAGCCUCCUUUAUACUCCUCCCAAUCACUGCUACUUCCUUUCUUCCCACAGGUAACCACUAUUCUGACUUCUAGCAGUGUCGUUUAAUUUUGUCUGCAUUUUAACUUUAUAUAAAUGGAAUCAUGUAUUCUUUUCAUAUU